AUGGCGGACAGCAGGGAAGAAUACGAAAGCAUCGAAAAAGACGAACUGCAGAAACCCAUGAAACUUAAUGGCAGAUACGUUGAUCCGUGGGGGAGUACAAAUUUUCCUUCAAAAACAGAUAUGUUCAGAUGGAUGUUUAAAGAGAAAAAUGAGCGCGGAAUCGGAGGGGGUCUGAAAGAUCUGUAUCGCUUCAAAACGCAGGCAAGUUUUUAAAUUAUUUGUUACGUUAGAUCCAGUCUUGUUUGAAAAAUGAAAUGCAAAAGGAUAAUGCUUAUGAUUUUGUGAACGAUGAUUUUGUGGCCCAACGGUAGUCGCAUAAUUAACCGGGUUUAACCAUUGUAUUACAUGACAACAUUUAGGAACACAGGAAAUUGAUGUGUUUUUGAAAGAAGAGAACAAACUGUAUGUCAUCCCCACUAAUUUUCUGUUCUGCAGUUCAAGUAGACAAGGUAAUUAUAGCCUUUUCUACUUUGAUUUUUAAGACAGUUUCUCCUUUUAAUUCUGUUUGUAUACAAAUCCACAGGAGCUUGAAAGAACUCUUCCUGUCUUGACCCCUGACAGUAAAGCUUUGUCAUCUCCCCCCACAGAAGCCAUUCAAGUGACCUGGCUAGGUCAUGCCACUGUUUUGGUUCAAAUGGACAAUGUCAAUAUCUUAACUGACCCUAACUUAAAUACGUAUGCCGGGCCUAGCAAGUCAUUAGGCAUGAAGCGUUAUCGACCACCUCCUUGUACAGUGGAGGAACUACCAAUGAUUCAUGCAGUAUGUAUCAGUCAUGAUCACUAUGACCACUUAGAUGUCAAGUCUGUUAUGGCCCUUAAUCAGAGGUUCGGAAAAGAUCUUCGCUGGUUUGUUCCCAUGGGACUGAAAAACUGGAUGAGUGAAUGUGGGUGUCAAAACGUCUUUGAACUAGAAUGGUGGGAGGAAGCUGAACUACCAGAGAAAUCGCAAAUUUUUCCAAAGUUUAUCUUCACUCCCUCGCAGCACUGGUGUCGCAGAUCAUUGACGGAUCGUAAUAAAGUGUUAUGGGGAAGUUGGACAAUAAUAGGGGCAAGACAAAGAUUUUUCUUUGCUGGAGAUUCUGGAUAUUGCAGAGGCUUCAAGCAGAUUGGAAUGAAGUAUGGACCAUUUGAUUUUGCUGCCAUACCUAUUGGAGCAUAUAAGCCAAGGUCAGUGUCAUUUCCAAACAAAAAACAAAACCCAGCGUGCAAAGAAAGUAGUGUCCGAUAGCCCGGGGCUAGUGGAUUUUGCUAUCGGGCUAGUGAAAUCUGUUUUUAACUUGCCCAACGGGCAAGUGAUGUUCUUUGAGGAAUUCGAAUAACAGAAGAAGUGUGAAAUCAAUUGUGCUUUACGAAAAGCUUUUGGGGAUAGUUGAAAUGACGUCUGGGCUAGUAAAUGCUAGCUUCAGCUUGCCCGAAUAGCAAGCUGUAAAAAUGAUUUUCUUUGCACCCUGCUCCUCAGCAGAAGGGAGAGAGAAAAGAGAGGCAAUUUUUUUUGUGAUUGCGCUGGCUCCUUGUUUGGGACUUGCUGUUCUAGUAUUUAAUGGCAUAACAGGAUGUGCCCCAGUGUUCUCACAUCUAUGAGCUCAUAAGAAGGACAGCCAUCUUGACAAGGACAACCAAAAACUCAGAAAUGUUAAACAUGCCACUCCUCCGUACUGCUCAGAAGUGGCUAAAGGUCCUUUCAGUAUAGGACAACCUCUCUUUGGAAUAAAUACUGCAGCCAGCACUCAAGCUGAGCCAAUCCGUGGCUGAUAUUAAGCGUCAACUUAAAUGACUGCUUCUGGAUGUCUCCUUAAUGUAGUUACCAAAAUUUUUUUUUUACUCACCAUGGUGACCUAAACGGUUGCACCUGGGAGCACUGCCUUGUUUUAUGUUGCUGUUUUUCAUUUCCAGGUGGUUUCUAUAAUUCCAACAUGUGGAUCCUGCAGAAGCUGUCUGUAUUCAUGAAGAUCUUCAGUCUCGUCAUUCAUUAGGAAUUCAUUGGGGCACCUUCCCAACAGGAAAAGAGGUAUGUUACAGCUGUACAAAUGGACAUGCAACAUGUAUAAUUAAUUCUCCUGGGAAUUUUUUCGUGGGGGUGUGCUGCCUGGUUCUCAAAACCCUGACCCUAUUUCAGACCAAAAAAUGUAAUUUGCCACACCCAUUUUCAGACCUGGCCUGUAAAAUCCGUACCCGUUUUCAGACCUGGAGGUGGGCAAAAUCUAUACACGUUCUCAGACCAAAAUGGCACAAAAACACAUACCUAUAUGGCUUCCAUAAGGGGAUAUCCCCCCCCCCCUUAGGCCUUAGGUCACUCCACUAGCUCUGAGCUAUCAGAUGACUAAGUGGGGUACCAUCAAAUUCUUUUAAGAUUUAAACAUAAUAUUUAUUGUGUAUCGAGAAAAUUCUUUGCAGCGCAAUCUCACUGAAAAUGAUUAUAAUUAAAUAUUAUAAAUUAACAUUUAGUGCUGGUCUUUGCUUCUCAAUGUUUCAUGUACAACUUUUGCUACUAUAAUUUCUAAUGACACCACAAUAAUAUUAUAUUAGCUGAAUGUUGUUUUUUUUUUUCUUAAUUUGGCAGCAUUAUUUGGAUCCACCUAAAGAUCUUAAAGAAGCUCUCAAGUCUAAAGGGAUUCCUGACUCAUGCUUUUUCACCUUAAAACAUGGAGAAACUAAGGUCAUAAAAUAACCUUAAAAGCAAAAAUAGACAAUGAAAUUGCUUGAAAAGCAGUAAACUAGGAAUGUUGAAACAUUUUGAAUAUUUUGUCGUUGUUACAGUGUACAUGUAUUUAUUUAUUAAAUUUUAUUCAUUCAAGGUGCAAAGAAAAUCAUUUUUACAGCUUGCCUUUCGGGCAAGCUGAAGUUAGAGUUUACUAGCCCAGACGUCAAAUCAAAUAGCCCCAAACCUUUUUGACAAGCACAAUUGAUUUCACAGUUCUUCUGUUAUUCAAAUUCCUCAAAAAAACAUCACUUGCCCGUCGGGCAAGUUAAAAACAGAAUUCACUUGCCCGAUAGCAAAAUCCACUAGCCUCGGGCUAUUGGACACUUUCUUUGCACGCUGUUCAUUUAUCAAAAAUACUCAAAGAGCUUCAACAACCAGAGUCACAAGUCUGCUGUGUUUUUAUUAACUUUAUUUUAUAAUGUCAGGGAAGGUUAAUAGCUUUGCAUACAGUGUAGCAAGUACAUUGUAGAAUGUAUUUGCCUGCAAAGAUCAAGAACACUCUAAGUACAUUAUAAUGGCCCACGAAAGGGUUGCUAAAUAGCUUGCAAAAUUUAAUUAUUAUAUUAAAGAAGGUAAACUUAGAAUAGUUCAUAAACAUACAACCUGUACUCUACGGUUGUAUCAAAACACAAUAAAAUAUUGUCAACAAGUAAUAAAUAGAAAAUACCCAAGUGAUUUGAGUUAGACUGUUUUCCUUGUUAUUUUUUACUUGAUAUACCUGUAUCUUUUCUUUUGAAACUCAAUAAUAACUCAGCAACAGACAAAAAAUGGAAAUCGAUAUCAGAUCCAUUCAAACCCCCCUUAACG